AUGGCUUUGGCAACAGCCAUUGGAGCUUGCUUUACGGGCUUUGGAUGUGGAGUGGCGGCCUUGCUUUUUGCACAGCGGCAGAGGAGCCUGCCAAGCACAUCAACGAGUUCGAGUCGGCCUUCCGAUCCCAACCAGACUGUCCGAAUUGCCCAAUGCAACUGUGGCCAACUUCAGGUGACAGUCACAGGUCCCGACCCUGAGCGCAUCAGUUUGUGCCAUUGCAAUCUGUGCCAGAAGCAGUCUGGAAAUGUUUUUGCAGUUCAGGCACGCUUCCCCAAAGAGCAGGUGGCGAUUAAAGGAAUAUCCACCGUGUGGAAACUCGCGAAGGAUGAAGCAGACCAGCUUGCAUAUCGCAAUUGCGUUAGCCUCGGAGGUGGUGGUUCCUUUCACUUCUGCCCCAACUGCGGUUCGACUGUGUGGUACAUGGCAGAUGCAGACAGCGCCCGCAUUGGCGUGAAGAUUGGUUGCUUCACUGACCCAACUUUCCCGCCGCCCAAAUUGUCCGGUUUUGAGGAGUACAUGCACCCAUGGGCGAUGGAGGCAGCUUCCCUUGCAGUUCAACAUAUGAAAUGA